AUGGAAGACUGUGCGAAGUACUACUGGUGCCCCCGACAGAAAGUGCUGGAAUUCCGGUGUAGUGCCGGUCUUUGGUUUGAUGUCGACCGACAGAUCUGUGACUUUAAGUUAAAGAUCGAUAAUUGCGAGAAAUCUCACGAUGCCAGUACUCCCCGUCCACUGCUCGCCACCGAAGAGCCCAUAUGUCCGAGCGGUCAACUGGCCUGCGCUGACAGGAAGUGC